GAACCGACCAACCUUAAUAAUGAGAAGACAAGACUUAAAGUAGAGAUUGAUAAGCUCAUAAUUGAUGAGAAGAUGAGACUUAAAGUGAAGAUUAAUGAGCUCAUGACUAAAAGGGUGCUCACAAUUGAUGAGAAGAUGAGACUUAAAGUAGAGAUUGAUGAGAAGAUAAGACUUAAAGUGAAGAUUAAUGAACUCAUGAUCGAAAGGGUGAUUCUAGAGGAAUUCAAAGAAAUGACUUGA